GGAGUAAUAACCCAGAGAGAGAGAGAGAGGGAGGACAAAAUACGUGACGAGGCAGCCUAAGAGCUGUUAUGCAACCGCUGACCUACUAACACAUAUUUCUAGAAAGGGAGCCGGAGAAACUGGAGCAAAGUGUCCAGCAGCAGCACACAACACACAGGCAGCCGGAGCCAAGAGACAGAAACAGCAUCCAGCAGCAGACCCACUGACUCCACCACAACUGUGCCGAGCACCGACGAGACAAGGACACGAAAACUUUUGGGAGGUUUCUUAUAAAAGGCACCACAAGGGAAGAAGGAGGAAACGGGAGCGAGACGAGCUUUUGUUACGGACAAAUCUUUUUUCCCCUCCUCCAGGACAUUGAAAGCAAACAGCAGCACUGAAGCUGGAUUGUCACAGAGCCCCAAAGUACACGGACUGACCUACAUCGGCAGCAGCCUGACCGGCAUCACAGCUCCGCUGAAGAUUGAGGACGACGGUGAUAAACUCAAAAUCACCUUUUUUGAGGUUCCUCGUUCAGAACACUAGUUCAAUGUCUGAGGUUUUUGUGGAGUUCCACCUCUUUUUGAUCUUCUUGGCGAAUAUGGACACUUGAACGUUUUGAUCUUGAAAAUUAAGUAACAGAAAUCAAUGAGGCGAUCCCUUCAAGGAGCACAAAUACCUCAUCAAGAAUUUUUUUCCGAUCCUGCGACUUAGGUCAAACUCCUUAGUGGCGAAGCAGAAGACUCAUAGAGUUUUACAUUUUUUCCCUCCCCCCCUUUGCCCUUUGCUAGAGUUACACUCUAGCCCCCAGCUGGGAAAAAUGGAAAGUCUGAGUAUACACAUCCCAUCCAGCAGCAACAAAAGUGACAUGGAGGUCGACAAUUUUUCGUCCUACAGUGGCAGCAUCCCAUCUCCUACUCCUGAAGGUGGAGCACGGAUCAGCCGCCAGUCUAAAGGUUCCAAGUCUAGCGCGAGCUGCCGUCGCAAGCGAGAGUUCAUUUCUGAUGAGAAGAAAGAUGCUUCCUAUUGGGAAAAACGGAGGAAGAACAAUGAAGCAGCCAAGCGCUCAAGGGAAAAGCGUCGCCUCAAUGACAUGGUGCUUGAGAACCGGGUCAUGGCGCUGAAUGAGGAGAACUGUCGUAUAAAAACGGAGCUCCUCCAGCUCAAGUUGCGCUUUGGCCUCAUCAGCACAGCCUCCUACAUGGAGAAAAGUCAGCAGAUCUCCAACAGUGUUGCCAACAAUAGUAGCGGGAGCAGCAAUGGCACCCCAAACGCCUACCUCUCAAGCAGCGGCUACUCCAGUGCAUCCCAGGUGAUGCUGAAUUCUGACUCAUCUGAAACUGAGCAGUCGAGCCGCGGCGAACGCCACAGUGCACUCCACCAGUACUCACCCCGGGGCUCCAUCUCUGACAUGUCUGAUUCCUCCUCCAGAGACAGCCCAGAACCCACGGGCUACAACAUAAAGACAGAGCCCUCAAGUAUGGAGAUGGCCAGAGUGGAAAGCAAUCGUAUGCCAAGUGGGGCCUACCAUGGCAACCACACUGCACUGGUUUCUCCUCACCAGCAAAACACCCCAUUGGCUGAAAGUGCCAUGGACUACCAGCACCACCAACAGCAGCAGCAGCAGCAAUGCCACAUGGAGGCCUCCAGUCCCGCUCCUCAGGCCACCUCUGCACAGAGGAGCGUGAUCUUGUAUCGCUCCAGCAGCGGCUGUUACCCCAUGGAGACCCAGAGGCCGGAGGACCAGCAGACCCAGCAGAACAGACCGCUGCAGCACUCCUCAACCCUCAAGUUCUCCGACUGCUCAGCGACCAUCACAGAGGUCGCUGAGAAGCUAGAGAGGACAAAGACCAUGGACUCACCUCAGUAUGAAUACACUAAUGAUCAUGAUGAGUCGACAGAGGAGCUGCAGCAAAGGUACAAUUCCAACGCCCAACAGCAGCGUGAGAACCAUCACAGGCACUACAGCUACCAGGGUCAGGAGAGCAGUCUUCAGCAAGCAGAAAGUCACCAGAACCCCUUUGCCCCUGAUCUGGUACGCAACACUGAGGAGGGCAAGUCCUCCUUCCCACAGCACAACGGCUACCUCAACACACUGGACGAAGAGCCCCCGGUGCUCACCUACGAGGGAGGCCCCAGAGCCGGCGGUUUCUACCAGGAGAACUCUUUCGCUAAAGACACCUCAUCCAGUGACGGGGACCCUCGUAGCUCUGACAAGGAGGGCUCCACAGACGACGAGUCCCCCUCCUCGUCCUCCUCAGACAUCAGCAGCUACCACCAGAAGGCAGUGGGAGCUGCCGGCUCGCACCGCGAGUUCCACGCCGAGUUCAAAGCCACUGCCCUGCCCCACAAGCUCCGUCUCAAGUACAGAGCUCUGUCCAAUGGGGCAGCAGGACUACAGAUGGAGGGAACAGUCAACACCUCCAUGUCCCCCUCUCCCACUUUGCCUCAGCACCCUUACUUAGCUCUCCCCAGCAACCUUCACAGCACCCAGGCCAACGGGGAGAGCAAAGAGGUGGAAAACGAGACUGAUUAUGAGAGGGCGGAGGCUAGAAAGGAGGGAGAGAAAAAGGGAUCCAGCAGCAGCAGCAGCAAAAGUGGACGCAAUAAGAGGCGAGAUUAAGGACUAAUAGGAACAUUUUCCUGUCACCUCUUUGUCGUCUUCAGCAGACAGACAAAUAUAACUGACUCACAUCGCCACCUUACAAGACAUUAAAAGCCGGCGAUCUGUUUGAGGUGCCGUAAGGAUGUGAUUUCACCAAGUUUCACUGUGUCAGCUCUUCCUCUUCCUCUUCGCUCUCUCCUACCUCCCACCUAUCCCUCCAAUUAAAAUGAUAGAUCACUUAACGAGGGAGGGGACAGAAUGAAACUCUCCAGAGCUGGAGUCUGGGAUAUUUCCCUCGCGGAAAAUUCAAACAUUAUUCAAUUAUUCAUUAUUGUAAACUGCCUUGUUGGCCGGCCAGCAUUUAUUGUGGCAUUAUGGGAACAUUCCUUUGACCAAAGAAUACACAUCCUUCCUUUAGUGUCAGAAGAGUUACAUUCGUCCUCCCUCUGAACACACCUGUACCAUUUGAUCCUCCACCCUCUUACCAUCCGCACACACAAGUCCCCUUCACUUCUGAAGCACUUAGAUUGUAUAUUACUGUGAUAUAUAAAUUUGCAUAUAUGGAAUAUAUAUUUUAAGAAGAAAAAUGUGUUAAAAAAAAAAAAAAAAAGCAGUGGGAUGCGGAAGUCGUAGACUUAAAAGUGAUCACUUUGUUCUUGUUGAGACACCUUGUACAGCCGCUCUUGUUAAGAAAAUGCCUCAAAGAUUUUCUUUUAACUAGAACAUGAUCCACAACUUGUAUAAAAAAAAAAAAAAGAAAAAAAAAAAAAAGAAAGGUACACUUUUUUAGAUGUAUGGAUCAGAUCGGUGGCCUCAUUCAGGAGCUCUUUGACACUCAAAGCUGUCAAAACGGUCAAGGCCAGUUAUCCGCAUAUCAGUCAAGGCUAUGCAGUCACACGUUGCUGUUUGCAAAACCUGACAAGCACAAGGCAAGCCUCGCCUGCCAGCCAGCCGUUCAACGAAGAUCAAUACAUCUUCAUUUCCAGACAAAUGUUGUCUGUCUAAUAAAUUAAACGGCUCUCCAGUCGCAAACCAGCAAAGCUGCUCUCUCUUCAUAAGGUGCCUCUUUAUUGUGUUGUCCCUCGUCCCCACUUUGGCCAAUGUCUUAACGAUCCCACUCACCUUCGCACUGACUUGUUUUAGCUACAGUAGCUGCAGUAGAUCAUACAGUCUGUACAAGUUUAACUGUUUCACUUCCUGGUGCCUGCCUCUGGCCACUAUGUAUAAAUGUAAAGUUGUCUCUAUCUCUUGUAUACUGCUGUCAUUAUUUUAUUAUUAUUUUAUUGAUAUUUUCUAUUAUAUUCGUUUAUUAUUUGGGCUAUUAUUAUGUGUAUUUUUCUGUCAUCCUGUUGUGUCAUUUUGCUCUAUGCUCUUCCUGGUUGUGCUGUGUAUUUACCCAUGAUGCCCUUUGCCCCAGUUACCAUUUGUACUCUGUGUUACCGUAUAACCUUUGUUGUUUGCCGAAUGGCUUUCUGAAAAUGGGAAAAGAAAAAAAAAUGGAGAAAAAGGCUUGUCCAGAAGUGAUUAUGUAUUGCUAUACUUCAUGUGGAUAUGCAAAAUGGUUACAAAAACACUCAUUUUUCGAUUGUGAAAGAUUCAAAAUGGAGAAAAAAAUAAAAGGUUGUUGAAUUUA